GCGGUGCUUGAGAGAGCUCCUUGCUGUGUUGUCAGCUCUUGGGAAGAGAAGUGUGAGCUGCGGGGAGCGGGGCUUUCGAGGGAGAGGAAGACCCCCCACUUCGUGAAGCCACCCCCACCGCCGUUGCCUUUCCAGGCAGCCCAGAUCUGGGGGCCACGAAGGAAGGAAGCCGUCCCUGCUGCAGAACGGGAGCUGUCUCUAGUUCCACUCUGAUACGUCAAUUCUGCCCUGCUGGAGAGGGCCGCCGAGCUGGAGAGAUGAACGUGGGCACAGCUCACAGCGAAGUGAACCCGAACACCCGGGUCAUGAACAGCCGGGGCAUCUGGCUCUCCUACGUCUUGGGCAUCGGCCUUCUGCACGUGAUCCUCCUCAGCAUCCCCUUCUUCAGCGUCCCUGUGGUUUGGACUCUGACCAACAUCAUCCACAACAUGAGCAUGUACAUUUUCUUACACACUGUGAAAGGAACGCCUUUCGAGACGCCUGACCAGGGCAAAGCCCGGCUGCUGACUCACUGGGAGCAGAUGGAUUAUGGGGUGCAGUUCACCGCUUCCCGCAAGUUCCUGACCAUCACACCAAUUAUACUUUAUUUCCUUACUAGCUUCUACACUAAAUACGACCGGAUACACUUCAUCAUCAACACCAUCUCCUUGAUGAGCGUCUUGAUCCCCAAGCUACCCCAGCUGCAUGGCGUACGCAUCUUUGGGAUUAACAAGUACUGAGCCUGGGUAUCUUUUAUAUUCCCUUCUGGUGAGCUGUGAGAGGCCAGCAACGUGAGAACCCUGUUUCCUUCGUUCCGGCUGCGUCUUCAGGAUACACUUCCACACAAUGGCUCCUUUUUAAAAAUUUAAUUUCUUUUUAAAAUGAGCACAUGUUGCGCAGGAUUCCAAGAUCCGACAGAGAACGCAGACGGCUCAAACGAUGCUUGAAUCCUGGGUAGAGUUUAGCUUGGAAGGAGAGACAAGGGUUGGGGGGGGGAGCUUAAAACGUAUUUAUUAUUAUUAUUAUUAUUUUAUUUUUCAAGAAUCUGAAAAUAGAUGCAGACAACACUGAGAUUUGAAAGGUACUCAUAGCUUGCUCUCUGGGUGAUGGAAGACAUCCAGCCCAGAAGGCUUGGACAGGUAUAGAAAGGUAGGAGCCUAUUGCAAGGCGAUGUUUAGGAUGAUAGCAAAUGCACUUUAAUAUAAAGGUGUCCCCUUUGGGGGGGAUUUGUGACUUGCUCAUCAAAAGGGCUAUAUCAGAAAUUUUGAGAUGCACACUAGGUAUAGAUUUCUUUGUGAGUUUGGAAACCUUAGCUGAUCAUUUAUAAAUACAUUUUAAUUAUUUGGUAGGCAGUUGGGACAGAUUCUCAUUCUUUCUUGCAGGGGCAUGAACCAGGUUUCUCCCCCCAGUUACAAAAGCAAUGCUCUUCAGAGUCUUCUUUGAAAAGCCUUUGCCUAUAUAUAUAUAUAUAUAUAUAU